AUGCCAGUGAGGGCCUUCUCCGUUACGCCAUCCAUAUUUGCAGAACGCAAGUACACCAAAAAGCACGAGUGGGUUUCAGUGGAAGGAGAAUUGGGCACUGUUGGCAUUACGGAUUUCGCAGCGGAGCAGCUUGGCGACAUUGUCUUCGUUGAACUUCCAGAAAAAGAUGCCAAAAAUUCUGUGAAAGGAGAAUCAACAGGAGCAGUAGAAAGUGUCAAGGCAGCUUCUGAUAUCUACGCACCCGUGUCUGGCACAGUGACAGAAAAGAAUGAAGUUCUCGAGCAGGAGCCAGGAAAAAUAAAUAAGAGCCCAUUUGGCGACGGAUGGCUGUACAAACUGAAGCUGUCGAACAAAAGUGAGCUGGCGGAUUUGCUCUCUGAGAAGGACUAUCAGGAGUUCAAGAAAGAGGAUGAAGGACAUGAAUAG